AUGAGGGGUGAAUUUAUUGCUCUGGGUUGCAAGCUUAAAAGGGAUCGUCAACAAACACUGCAGUCCCUGCUUAAACGGAUUACUGAGAUUGAAAGCCUCCACAAAAGGUCUAGAGCCUUACAGGCUCAACAAGAGCUCCUCCUCAUGAGAGCGAAACUGAAGGACCAUCUGAAUGUUUGCCACGCUAAGGCGUAUCAAUAUGCGCAGUUUCGGUUUUACUCUCAUGGGGACAGAGGUUCGAAGUUGAUGUCUGCUCUUGUUAAGCAAAGGAAAGACGCUAUGUACAUUCCUAGCAUAAAAUCCGCAGAGGGUAAAUCUUUACAUAGAACGGUGGAUAUAGCUAAGGAGUUCCAAAAAUUCUAUCAAAACCUAUACGGGCUAGAUGAUAACACUGAACGUUCAGAUUUCACUGCAGAUUCUGUAUUAGAAGAUUUCUUGUCUCACCUAAAUUUGCCUCGCCUUGACAGGGAUGAAGGUUCCUUACUGACUGCCCCAGUCACCGAGGAAGAAGUAGGGACAGUUCUGAAAUCAAUGCCCAUGGGGAAGUGCCCGGGUGGACGCCUCCCUACCCAAUCUUUAGAAGCUACAGUGACUAUCUUGCCUAAACCUGGGAAGGACCACACGCUCUGCGGGAGUUACAGGCCCAUAUCUCUCCUGAAUGUCGAUGUUAAGAUCUGGGCUAAGAUCUUGGCCUCUCGCCUCAGCUCCUUCCUCCCUAAACUGAUUCACCAGGAUCAGGCAGGCUUUGUGCCAGGAAGAGAGGGGAACCAUAACUCCUGCAGAGUCGUCACGGCCAUUCAGUGGGCAAAAAAGCAAGGUACACCUCUGACUUUCCUGAGUGUUGAUGCGGAGAAGGCCUUCGACCGGGUGAGCUGGAGGUUCAUGCGGAUGGCAUUGCAGAGGUGUGUCAAGAUUCAAGAACAUUCCUUUAAGGUGCUUACCCAGUGGUACAUGACUCCUAAACAGCUUUUCCUUAGAGGUCUUAGCCCUAGUGACCGCUGCUGGAGAUCAGCUAUGUCAGGAGUAAACAGCUCAACAGUGGACAACCAGCUUGGGAAUAAAUGCUUGGCCAACGGUGAGGAGCAAUUUCAGCACUAUGGACAGUUCACUCCCAGUGUCUCCAUAUUGCUGGCAGUUCUCAUGAUCCUCAUGGUUCUAGCAACCCUCCUGGGCAAUGCUCUGGUCAUUUUGGCUUUUGUGGUGGAUAAAGGGUUAAGGACUCAAGGAAAUUUCUUCUUCCUCAACCUGGCCAUUGCUGAUUUCUUAGUGGGUGGGUUCUGCAUCCCUCUCUAUAUCCCCUAUGUCCUGACGGGGCAGUGGACAUUUGGGAAAGGACUGUGCAAGUUGUGGCUGGUCAUGGACUAUCUGCUCUGCACUGCCUCCGUCUUCAACAUUGUCCUCAUCAGCUACGACAGAUUCAUCUCAGUCACCAAGGCGGUGUCCUACAGAGCCCAAAAAGGAAUGACUAGAAAUGCAGUUCUAAAAAUGUUGACUGUCUGGGUGGCCGCCUUCCUUCUCUAUGGUCCAGCUAUCAUCAGUUGGGAGUACAUAGCAAGAGCCACCAUCUUACCCGAAGGAGAAUGUUACGUGGAAUUUUACUAUAACUGGUAUUUCCUGAUGAUCGCCUCGACAGUAGAGUUUUUCACGCCAUUUAUCAGCGUCACCUAUUUCAAUCUGAGUAUCUACAUCAAUAUAAAGAAGAGGACCAUGAUGAGGAACGAAGAAUUGGCCCAAGGCCAGGAACACUGUGAGAUGAGUUUCCAGAGGAAGAAGAAAGAACACCUUAUUUUUUUUGUCAAACCAGCUGAAAGGCCUCAAACUGAUGCUAAGAAACAGACCACCUGUUUGAUAUCCUCUGAGACUUGUCCUGCAGGUCAGAGGUCCCAAAGACUCAAGAGCCACACAUUGGACCUCAAUAUCAGCCAGGAUCUUCCACCUUUACAAGUCGAAGUUCAGACCAAGAAGCAUCAAGACUGUUUUUACAAAACGGUGGAAAAUGCUUGUAGUAACGUCAGGACAGACAUGGCUAGUAGCAUCGCCAAUAGGUUUAGACUUUCGAGAGACAAGAGAGUAGCCAAAUCCUUGGCCAUUAUUGUAUGUGUCUUUGGCCUUUGCUGGGCGCCCUACACACUGUUGAUGAUUAUCAGGGCAGCUUGCCAUGGACGUUGCGUUCAGCACUACCUCUAUGAGAUCUCCUUUUGGCUCCUCUGGUUAAAUUCUGCCAUCAACCCAGUACUUUACCCCCUCUGCCAUAUGAGUUUCAGGAAAGCCUUCAUAAAGCUGCUUUGUCCUGGAAAAGUCAAAAUACAUCCUCAUAUUUUUAUGUAG